UCAUCAUCAUCAUUGCCCGGCAAUAAGUGGCUCAGUAGAGGUGUGCGUGUGUGUGUGUGCGCGCGAAAAUAUCGAAAAUGCCGGCAAACCUCCUCAUAUCGUGGCAGCACGGCGCCCCGUACGACAACAAUCCUCCGCGAUUUUAAUCCUCCGAAAACAACAUCGACAGUAAUACACACGAGCAACACACCCCGACAUCGUAACAAUUCGGAAUCCGUUUAGUCGUCAAACGACUGUUUAUUGUUAUAUUUUUUCCGUCAUUGUAAAUCGUAUUGUUUACGAUAUUAUUAUUGUACGCCGUCGUCGUUGCAGCCGCCGCAGACGUUACAAGAACGUAGCAUUGUGCAAGUACGAAUAGACACCUGUUAUAAUAUUGUUGUAGUCAAAUCGAAUUCGUCCGCGACGACGGCCAAAAUGAGGUGCUCAUUCGUAGCGGUCGGCGUGCUCGUGUUGAAGAUCAUCGUCGUCGGUGCUGCCGAAACUGCACCGGAAAGUCAAGCGCCGUGGACCCAUAAGGACACCGCAGCUUCCACCGGGAAGACGAUGACGGACGGCCGAAACGUGAUCUCGCCGAGGAUGGACUUCGAAGAGUGGACGCCAUUGGGCCGAGGCGACCCGCUCAAGAACGACCCGACGUUCGACUACCUGCCACCGGUGCUGGACAGGGUGCACUAUUGGAAAUCUCCGCCGGCGGCCACCAACCGCGCUCACUAUUACUCGUCCGUGUCCACGGCGAUGCCGACCACGCCGCCGUCGCAGGCUGUUCACGGCGGUUACAACCGACGGUUCUUCCUGACGGACUUUUCCAAAAGGGAACCUGUGCAGGCCGCGUCUUACGCAGCAAUAAAAAGACCGCCGCCCAACAAUAAUAUUAUACUGCAGCCCCAUCACCAUCACACGCACAAUCACCACCAUGCGCAACAGCAACAGAUGCAACACCACCUGCAGACGCUGCAGGCGGUGUCCGCGGCCGGUUACCACUACUCGAUGCACCCGGCCGCGCCCGUGCCUAGGACCCCAUUGCCGAUGCUCACUCCGCCGCCGUACCAGCAGUGGCCGGCCGCUGUGGACGGUCAGCGUCAGUCGUUGUCGUUGUCGUCGUUGUCGUCGUCAUCGUCGUCCCCGGACUUACCGGGUAACGCGGUGGCCGAGAGCAAACAACCGCCGCCGACCAUGGUCCGGGCGCCGACGCGGCUCGUUCCGGCGUCGUCCCAUCAAUCGGCGGUCAUCAAAGCCCUGUUGGACGACGAAGUUGACCGAACCACGGUCACGACGACCGUCACCCCGAUGACCGGAGUCGUCUGGAUGACCACGAUGAUGACGACGACGACGUCGACGCCGCCACCGCCACCGCCGCCGCCGUCCGUGGCGACCACGACUACGACGACGACGCCGCCGCCGCCGACGCCACCGGCCACUUCCACGGCCGCUAGGGCCACGCCACCGGUGGCCGUGACGGACCCGCUGUUCUCGCAUUACAGACAGUCGCCGGUCACCGGCCGUCCCAUGUACCUCAUCAUACAGGGCCACUCAAAGGUCAAGACUUACGGACUGGCCAGCAAGUUGGACGAUCUGACCGCGGCCCCCGCAGUGGUGCAGGACCACAACCACAUAGGCAACCAACCCCCGGACGAACCGAGCCGGAGGAAACGGGACCACUACCGCGGUACUCGUCGAUAAAACGGUCGAGUUGAGUCCCCCUUUUUCGAUUGGCUCCGAGGGGAGGCUUCGGAAAAUCCGACGCUCGUAUAGCACGUAAUAUAAUAGGUAUACGUGACGCGACGUAUUAAUAUUAUAAUAUUAUCGUCGUGUUCACCGACUGUGCGCUUCCCGAUGUUGUCCUUUAUUCGAAUAAUUCCGAAUUUUUUUCCUUUUUCGAAAUAAUUUUAUUUCUUUAAUAUAAUAUAGUCGAAGAGUGCUGUCCCUUAGCGAUGUGCUCUAGUCCAUAUUUAUCAAUGAUGUAUCUGCAAUAACGUUUAGGCGUAACGUAAAUUAAAUUCGAACAAGUGGUUUCACAUAGUUGUUAUAUAGGUAUUUAUUAUAUAUUGUUAAUUGUUAAAUAAGAAUAUUGUAUGACAAAUUAAGUUCUGAAGAUUUAGAAAAAUUAAUGAAAUAUUUAACCAAGUACUGUCUAGUUUCCGAUGUACACGUUGCUCGGACAAUUUUCACAAAUGUAUUUUAAAAUCUAUUUAUUAAUCAAUUUUAUGUUUUAUAUAGUUAUAUGAGCAUUAACUAUUUACAUUUAUAAUGUAAUAAAAACGCAAAAAACUGUAUAGCACAUAUUAUCGUGGGUUCAUAAAGUUAAUACAUCUUAGAAACCACUCGUUUUAAUUUCGUUUUCAAUACUCCCAAAUAUUUGUUUAUAAUGAAAGUCAUCUGCUUCACCAUUACAACCGUACAAAAAGAGAAGACCUCAUUUAAAAAAUAAAGUUUGUAUUAUUCCAUAAAUCAUAACUUCAAUUCUUACGUAAUCAGUUAAAGGGUAAAACGGCUUAUGGGCAUGGUUCUUGUAGUUCACCCUGUAUACUAUAACAUUCAGAUGCAUUAUUUUCAAAAUAGUCCACCGCAAUUCUGUAGACAAUUAUCUCGGUGUUGUUUCGGUAUAGUAGUAAGACGACAUUCCGGUGACAUCGCUUGGAUAGGUAUUCCUAUUGCCUACUAUAAUAUAAUAUGGCAUUUUAUUUCGCUAUACACCUAAAUAGAGAUUGUAAAAAUAUCGUAAAUUAAAUCUUAUCCAACUGAGUGUGACUGCGCAACGGUUUACUAUAGUUCUCGGACGAAACGACAAAUCUUGGUUAAAGGAUUUCAAAAUUACCUACAUUAGAAACGAAUUACACAUUUACACAAACGUAAAAUUGUAAUCAAUUAUACCUAUUUUAUUUUUCACUUCUACCUAUAUAUAGCUGAAUACUUACACCAAAAUAAAAAAUCAAGUCGCUGAUUUUAAAUUCUACCUCCGCUGGGAGGCCUCUACACUCCGUCCGGUCUGCUUUUUUAUUUUUAUUUUUUCUAUUUUAUGACAUUGUCAUCAAUUAUUCUUAUUGUUCAUAUUUUGUAACAGAUUGAAUAAAAAGUCACAUAAAUCAAAAUAAAUAAAAAAAAAAAGAUUUUAAAUUACCCAAUGGACACACUAUUAUACGGUGUAGUAGAGCUAAGAGACGAUUUUCGGAUAAUAUUUGUGAUCAUGCGUUAAUACUUAAUUUUGAAUCCCAGUAAUUAACUCGGUAAUUUCGGAUGCACUAUUUAAUAUAUUACAUUGUAAGUGUAAACCGCAAAUCACUUAAUUUUUUUAAAAUCAGUUUGAACAAUUUUCCAUAAUAACAGAAUGAAGACGAUUUUCGGGCAACGCGCAUAUUAAUUCAUAUUAUUUAAUACAAUAAUAUAUAUUACAUAAUAUAAUACUAACUAAUUAUUGUGUUAUAGUCAAUUCGGUGUUUUACUGGUUAUUACCAAAACUAACGAAUACAAAAUAUAAUAAUAGUUUAAAUAUUGUAAUAUAAUAUUUAUUAAACAUAAUAUUAAGUAGUUUUGUCUAGCGUAUAGAUAUUUACCAAAGAUUAAAAGAAAGUAACAUUAUACAAGUUAAUUGUACUUUUUAAAGGUAUGAUUAACAAUGUGUUAUUGAUUUAUUGUAAUAUUAUGUUAAUCGGUAUAAUCAUUAUUAUAAUAUAGUUAGCUUAUUUAUUUAUUUAUUAAACAACGUAUGAGUAAUGUUAUAAGUCGCUUUUAAAAAUUAUUAUUACUAUUAUAAUAUAUAGUUUAUAGGUAUAGGUAUACAUAAUACGUAUGCCUUAGAAUAGUUACCAAAAAGCAAUUAUACCUAUAUUACACUCUUUACAACUGUAUAAUAUGUUAUGCAUAAUAAUAAUAAUAUCAUAUCUACAUUUAG